GCUGAAAAAAUGGUUCUGUAGGUAGGUGCUUCUCUAAAACAGUUCAUUUCUUUAUUUUUAAUUAAAACGAAUGAUCGGGCUCAAUUAAAUGAUUCAUUGUGGGUUGUAUUACAUGUCGCCUAUAGUAGGUGUGACCAUAGCAACGAUGUAAUCGUAGAAAUACAAGCAGAAAUCUUUUAAUUAUCCACUAGUUUUAUUAAUUAUACCGAAGAAGGUAACAGGGAGACAAGUUUAUUCCAUUAGUUCUUAAAUACCACAGCUCGAUAGUAAUUAAGAGAAACUCCCACACUUGCAUUAUUACAUGCAUUGUGUUCGCUCUAGCUAGUUCAAUUCCUACCAGUGUUGUUUUUGCAUUUUAUCAGGCAACUCAUAUCGUUUGAUAAACGCUUUUAUCAUAAUGUAACCACGUACGAAUAUUACCUGCAUGAUUCGUCUAUCUGGAUUGCGUUCGAGCUUUGUGUGUGUAUUUUUUUUUUUUUCUGUUCAAACUUGUGGCUUUGUGUCAUGAGGCUCUUUAAUCCUGCUGCUGAUUCAAGCAACCGAAAGUUAGAGGUAAAAGUUAACUGCUGGGCACACCUGAGUGACGUAAGUUACAGGUAAACUAAAAUGGCGCGUUUGUGUAAACAAGUAGUAUGGGAUUUUUUAAAAGUUUUUGUUUGUUGUGAAUUGUAUGUGAAGUUUGCGAGCGGUCAAAACAAUCAGGGUGAUGUGUAUUACGGACAAAAUAAUCCUUAUCAGACGUAUAAUCCCCCCGAACCCGGGGAUCGGGACUACAGGACGUUCACCUACAAUAAUAGAAGAUACAGUCAGUAUCAACCGAACACUUAUUAUAACUCCCGUGGACAACCUGGAGACCCCAGAAGGGUCAACCAGGAUCCUAGGUUCAAGUACGACCAGCAAGGCAACCAAGAACCAAUAUAUCCUGGUGUGCUAGGAGGUUGGAGGGAGGACCUUCAAGGGAAAAUGAGACCAGACAGCAUAAUAAAAGAACGAGACGUAUUUGUCAGAACAAGACAUGGCGAAGUUCAGGGCUUCAAGGUAUAUCUUUACGACAAUCCAGAUCCAGAUUCUCUCUACAGGCCUGGCUCUGAAUCUAUAGAAAGAGAAAUGGGAAAAACGAUUGUCUUCUUGGGAAUCCCCUAUGCCAUGCCCCCUAUUAACGAAGGUCGAUUUAGGCCACCAAAGUCACAUAAAGGAUGGCAACUUAUCCAAGCGACGGAUUUCGGCCCGGCUUGCCCCCAACCGAUUAAAUACACAGGAGCUUCGAAAGGAGUCAGAGAUAUGGACGAAGACUGUUUAUAUUUAAAUAUUUUCACUCCAACUAUAGGAAGCGUAGCCGAAAAGCUUCCAGUGAUGUUCUACAUCCACGGGGGAGAUUUUACGCAUGGAGCUUCCAACUUAUUUCCCGGUCACAUACUUGCCACAUUUUACGAAGUCGUUGUCGUCACAAUUAAUUAUCGAUUGGGAGCAUUGGGAUUUUUAAGUACCGGGGAUAUCAACUCGCCAGGGAACUAUGGCAUACUCGAUCAAGCUAUGGCGUUACAGUGGGUUUACGAUAAUAUAGAAUUUUUUAAUGGAAAUAGAGAUAAGAUAACACUUUUUGGACCAGGAGCUGGAGCAGCAUCUGCAGGCCUUCUAAUGGUUGCACCCCAAACGCGACAUAUUGUUACCAAAGUUAUAGCCCAAAGUGGAUCCGCAUUAGCCGACGCCGCAUUUGUAAUAGAUAAAUACAGGGCCCAGAACACAAGUAGGGUGUUUGGGCAGCUUUUAGGUUGCAGCAUUGAGUCAUCGUGGAAACUGGUGAACUGCAUGAAACAGGGUCGAAGUUUUUACGAAUUAGGGAAUGCCGAAUUUCCACCACAAGUAGGCUUCUUCCCAUGGGGUCCUGUCAUCGACAUGAACGUCACCGUUCCUUAUUACGAAGGAUGGUAUGAAAAGGAUUGGCAUUUUAUAAAGGAUCUUCCGGAAAAUUUAAUAAGGAAGGGACAAUUCAAUAGGGGAUUGCAGUAUAUGGCAGGAGUUACUCUACAAGAAGCUGCUUAUUUUGUAUCCGAAAAUAGCAGUUUGGCGCCAGAUUUUCGAAUAACUCGAGAAUUUUUCGACCAAAAAAUAAGGGAAUUUGUUCUUCGAUAUAACUACACCCUUAACCCAAAUGGAACCUACGAAGCUAUCAAGUAUAUGUACACGUAUUGGCCCGAUCCAAACAACGAAACUUUGAUAAGAGAUCAGUACAUAAAUAUGCUAAGUGACUUCCUAUACGUGGCGCCAAAUGACAAAAUGGUAAAAUUAUUGAUAGAACAGGACGUCCCUGUUUACAUGUAUGUUCUCAAUACAACCGUAGAGUCUUUCAACCUUCCCCAUUGGGCCAGAAUACCCCAUGACAUAGAACAUUAUUUACUUUGCGGUGCUCCAUUUAUGGACGUGGAAUUUUUCCCACCAAAACUGAGAUUCACAAGGAAUCAAUGGACUAACAACGAUAGGAACAUGAGUCAUUUCUUUAUGAAGGCAUACUCUGAUUUUGCUAGAUAUGGAAAUCCAUCGCACACGCAGAUAUUAGGCUUACAUUUCGAGUUAGCCACAAUGGGCCAAAUUAAAUAUUUGAAUAUUAAUACCACAUACAAUUCAACAAUUUUAUGGAAUUAUCGUCAAACCGAGUCAGCAUUUUGGUCGCAGUAUCUUCCAACGGUAGUGGGCCAUUUGGUGCCAACUUACCCUCCAACAACUGAGUUUUGGUGGGAACCUCGAGAACCAUUACAAAUAGCAUUUUGGAGUAUGUCCGCCGGUUGUUUAUUCUUAAUCGUUCUGGUAGUAGUUUGCUGCAUGCUUUGGAGAAAUGCAAAAAGACAGUCCGAUAGAUAUUAUAACGGCGAGUUGUUUCUACAAGAAAACGAUCCAGAUAGCGGUGUAGAUAAUGCCAGAGGGGCAGAAAUGUAUGAGUAUACAGAUAAACCGCGAGUUGUUCAGACAACAGGACCUGCAAGGACUAUAAGCACAAAUUCUUUUAGGACUGAAAGUGCAGCUUCGUUAAAGGAACCUACAAGUGAAGGUAGGAAGGGAACUCCCCUAAUGACAACAAGAAAAGUUUCCAAAAGCAAGACGCAACUAAUUCAAGGUGUUCCACAAACCGAUGUGUAGGGAAGACAUGACGUAAUAUAUGUAAGAAAACAAUGUGUUCCAAGUGUAGAGAGAGGAAAAACUUGUUACGUAUGUAAUUACUUUCUCAACUAAAAAAAAAUUGAUUGCGAUUUACGUAUAUCUACAUAUUGACAA